CAAAAUCGCCCUGGUUAUGUAAGAAGUCUCGGCGCAUCACGUAGGGACACACCAGCAUAUGUAUACGACUCGAACACAAGGAUAAAAAGUAAGUAUUAAACAAAUUAGUCAGGUUAUUAACACCCUGUUAGCAGAGACUUUCUUUCCCUUUCUGUUGCUGCCAAACGAGUUGAAAAGCGGCGUUGCGCGUUUAACAUCCACGUUAAAAUCUGUCUUGUAGCAAAUCAGGUUCUUGCAAGUUACGUGAAUACUGACUUCUGAUUGGAUAAAAUUACGCGGGAGCUUUACUGGAGCUAUUCCAGCACGCCAUACACCGAAGUUACGUCACUGUUUGUAGUUUGCCUUGGGCAGGUAAAACGCGCAAUUAUGUGCAGAUUUUAUUGAAAAAAGUAGAGCCUCUCUCCGAUUUCUGCAACAACUUUUCGCCACCAGCCACAACCUGAUUUGAUGCAAGACAGCCUUUGAUUCGUAGGUGGUAUAACGGGCAAAAUUCAGAGAAUUUUGCAGCAAUUGCUAUUCAAGUUGAAGUUUUUUUGUCCGCAAUUUUUCCAAAACAAGUUGGGGAUGUGCCGCUGGGAGUUUUUGGUUGCUGAAUUUUACGUUUUACCGUACCGUUACUCUGCAUAAAGUCGAGUAGGACCUUUGUUGAAAAUGUGCUGCUUAUUGUCAAGAUACAGUAUUGAACCCAGACCUAAUAACCGUGCGCUUAAAUCAGCCAGCUCAGUUCCCCCUUUGACGUACUGUUCUGUAUAAAUCGAGUCUUGACCGACGUUUGAAAAUGCUGCCUUCUUCAGACAGCAUUAGGCAAUACUAAAUCACGGUUGUGGCUAAUUUAACGCUGCCUUCUUUUAACGGUGUUCUCAGCCACAACGGUAUUUAGUCUUUUACCCUGAAGAAGGCAGCAUUGCCGAAACGUCGGUUAAGACUCUUUUGAACGGCGUCGAUCUUACAAUUUUCAAAUAAACAUUUAGUAACUGCGAUGCUCAGGGGUUUUAAUCUUUAUUACACAAGCUCAAUUACUUCCAUCAGUUUAUAGAUUACCAAUAAACGAAUGCUCGCACUCGGAAAACCAGUUUGACCCGAAUGAACGUAGGCUUGACGCGAUUCAGGUACAGCCUCCUUUUCUCAUCCUCACUGAACAAGGCGGCGUUCACACUUGGUGCCCGGGCACGACGCCCGAGUACGGUACUCGUUGGACACUAAUGUGAACACACCCUUUUGUCAAGUACCCACGCUAGAGAAUUCGGGCACGGUGCCGGUGACCGAGUACUAGGUCUCGAACUUGUACUCCGGCACAAAAGUGGGCGCUGGGUCCCUGUGAGAACACAAUAUUUGUAAGGGUUCCGGGUAGUCCACUGCUUUGUUCUCGCGGCUAAGCUUAUGUUUCAAAAGGGUGUCUGGCAGAGCGAAAUGUAGUAAGUAUGUACAGAGUCAUAUAACGGAUACUCAAAGUGUGAACACAAUACGUUUUUGGGCCAGUACACAGGCACUGGUUACCGACACCAAGUGUGGACAGCUCCUUAAGACAAAAGUAUCGAGGUUCUGUUACCAGGGUAGAAUAUCAAGAAACGAUGAUUUUCAGAUAAUUCUCUGAAAAAACUUUAACGGCUAACAAAGUUUACCAGCAGAAAAAUGUUGAUUUCGAAAAGGAGAAAGUACUGUUAGUGCAUUGCCCUGUUGUAAGAUAAAGAAUUCUUGUUCUAGCCUAUCAGAUUUACGCUCAGUGAAGUUGAAAAGUGAAAACUAAGCUGAUGAAUUUCAAACUUAAACAGGUGCUUUUAAAUGCGGCGAUGCUGAGAGCUUAAUCCCAGAGGAAGUGGAAUGUAAAAGGGAAGAAAAAAAUGUGGAGAAGCUGAAGUCCAAAAGCAGAAAAGAAAGGCGGAAAUGUAAAGAAGCGGCAAAUAAGAAACCAGAGGUAAGUAAACAGAGCUUUCGUAGCAGGCGCUUAGAAGUCAUAUGGUUGCGAGAAAGAACGAGGCAGGCGACGGAGACACGCGAGGGAAAAGGGAGCUUCCUAUCCCCUCGCGUGUCCUCCUUGCGCGACCGUUCGUUCUUAGGCUCAUACUACUUCAUAGCGCCUUCUUUAUACAGGCUAAGUAAAACAGGAAAAUACUUGUGACCAAAAGAAAUGACCUGGCUCUGAGACCAGAAUGAUACCUCAUUACCUUACGCUUGCGCAGAAGUCCUUAUAAGGAAAAAAAAUUGUCCGUGGUCGCCACAAUCUCAUUCCCAGAGCUCUUCCAACUCACGAAAUUUCAGGGGAGAAUGUGGCUACCACGGCCGGAGGUUAUGGCUGUGCGCGCGCCUGAGGUAGUCGGCGCCGUGCUCGUAUUUGAGAGGCCUGCGCGAAAAUGGUGUAGCCCAGUUUGUGGCACCUCUUUGGUAUACACUCAAUGUAGGUCGACAGUUGCUCUUACCUUGAUCUAGUAGCCUGCGUGGCCUUCCUCCCUAUCCCCUACCCCCUACCCCUUUCGACGCCUGCUACGCAGGCUAUGACCUAGUCAUUUGUAUUUAAGACCCUGAAGAAGGAAGGCCGUGCCUUCCGAAAUAUUGGUAACAAAAAAUAUAUAUUCCUGAUUCUGGUAAAAUACGCCUUGCUUCUUUUGCUCGAUAGUUUAGUUUAUAGCUGGUGACAUCCUUUAUUAUGAUCCGGUCCUUCUAUUUUGUAACGUUGGUCCUUGCUUCCAAAACUGA